AUGUUCUUCAGACUCGGCGACACCGAUCUCACGCAUCAAAUCACGAGCAUUAAAGAGUAUAUCUGGGGCGGGCGUACGGCGAUUGAUGGACAUGACGAAUCGCCAACAAAUACCUCGACCGUGGACAAGCUCAACUCCUCCGGCCGUUCACAUGCCAGGAACACGGACGGCGCAGACGACGAGGUUGUGGAGGUGUCGCAGCCCAGGGAUAAGGGAGGCGCACGGAAACGAGGCAGGGAGGUAGAGAGUGUACAGCUUCCGUCGGCCAAGCGACAGCAGCAAGGGCCGAGUGAGCUUGAGCUUAGGCUGGUGGGUGACUACGCAGUGCCGGCCAAGGCUAGAGCGAUCGUCUUCCCAGGUCCGUGGCAGGAGAACAGGACGAGCGCAAAGCCCGGUAUGGGUGGGCCAAGGGUUUUCAGGCCCCAGAACACGCUGAACGACGAUCCAUAUGCGGCGGAACGGACAUGGCCUGGCACACCUCGACCAACACAUCAGGGCUCGCAGUCUGACUUCUGGGAUGACAACAAAAGCGCUGCGAAACAGAAGCAGACCGUGCUUCCGAUGGUGGCUAGCAAAGACAGCAAUGUCAGCGACUUCAGGAGGCAGAUACCUCGGUAUGCUAAUGCUGGAAAUGGCUUUACAGACGGUUCAAAUGAAAGGCGAGCGAAGAAGCCAAAAACUUCACACCAUACGAAGCAAGGCACACUGAUGAGUGACCCUGUGGACUUGACGUCAAAUGAAGAAGAUGAAGCAAUCAUCUCUGCACCCGUUGCCGCUAUGAACGGCAGGCAGACUGCUUCUGCAAAAGAGUCUCCCGUGCCUAGCAUCCGAGUGAGGUCUACGGCAUCGUCCGGAUCACACGGCACACAGCAUUCACAUGCCAGGAAGGAGCAACGACCAAUGACUGCGUUACAAGCGAGCAAUCAACACAUGCUCAAGCCCAAGCCGCCACGCAAGCCUCGAAAUGAUGACGCUUUCAGCAAGCCUUCUUCUCGGGGAGCGUCCAUCGCAAGCCAAAGCGGCGGCAAUAGCACCGGCGCACGCGCUGCUCCGUCGAGCAUCGAGGUCCUGGACGAACGAGUCACUCAAGUGCAAUCCGGUACAGUGCACAACAAUCGUUCGAGCAGUCGAAACGGCGAAGUCCCUGAGAUCUGUCUCGAUCGAGACACGAACGAAUAUGUUGAUCAGACAGUGCUGCGACGAACUGCGGAUCAAGCUAGGAGAGCGAACGAUGCAUGGACUGACUGUGGUAAAGAAGCGCAAGCACGACAGCAAAUGCGCAAUGAUACAAAGCGCAAUGCUCAGGCGCAACGUCGGAGCAUUGAUGAGGAAACGGCAGUCCCGGCGCCAGAGCAUGCCGCUAAUGAGCAAUCGCGGGAUGCGGCUGAAUCAACGAAGCGCCUUGGCCAGAUCUUCGUGCGUGAAGAAGCAGACGAGUCCAUUUCUGCAGAGCCGAAGAAGCAAAAGGCUUCGCAGCAGAUGAUGGUCAACUCCCGUGUCAGCCCAAUCAAGGAAAGCUUGAGUGAUGACGAGCUGCAAGGCGGCAACACCGUGCCAAGUGAACACUUCCGCAACGUCUCACCCGCCAAAAGACCUACUGAUCACCGCACUCGACGUUCGCCUUCCGACAUCAAACCCACGCCCUUCAAGGAGUCAUGUACAUGGAAGAAACAACCUGUGGAAAAGCCACAUGAGGCUAGGGCGGACCCCGAAGAGUGGCCCGUCAUCGCAUUCUAUAGCAAGUCGUAUUGCACGACUCGUAAGACAGUGAAGUUGAAAUACGACGAACAUGAGAAUAGCCUCGAAGUAUACGAGGACGGCAUGCCUGCCGUUAUCACUGGAAAGCAGCGAUCUGUUGGUCUCGGACCCAGUGAGGUACGCACAAUAAAGCACAGCAAGCAUAAUACCAGGGUGUAUAUCACAGGUUCGGUCACCGACGUCAGCAACGGCCAUAUCUGCAUCGCUUUUAGUGACGAACGAGGGGUCAAUUGGUUCCUGGGUCGGAUCAUGCUCGCGACAAACCAUCACGUCACAAUCAAGCAUAUUGAGGACGAACAGUUGAAUAAGACGUUCUUUAAGCAAUCAGCUGAAAUAACCGAGGCGUUCGAACGGGCCAAAGCCAAUCCUGCAGCGCGCAAACCAGCAAAUCAAUCCUCAGCUACGCACCGUUCCCAUCGUCUAGACGACGAGAACGACGAACACAUUAUCUACGAUAAGAUGCCAGUUACAAGAAAGAACGUGCGCCAGAGCAUGGUCGGCGGCGAGGGUGCCUUAAGCGCUGCGAAUGUUGGUGAGGACGCUGCCACUUCGCGCCACUUGGACAACGCAGCAGAGCCCCGGCGAUCGGCACGGGAGCGAAAGUCUGUCGUAGAGAGAGCGCCGUCGCCGACCCUCGAACGGUGGACUGUACUACACAAACCAAAGCGAUGGCCGCACCCCGUAGCCUACCCACCGCAGGGGUUGCGCCGUGUCACAGUCGAGUUUGAUGACCUGGAGCGUCUGGAUGAAGGCGAGUUCCUGAAUGACAACAUCAUCAGCUUUGCUUUGCGCAAAGCGGAGGAAGAAAUGAAGCCUGAGCUCAAAGAACGGGUGCAUUUCUUCAAUACGUUCUUCUACACCACGCUCACGACGAAGAACGGCAAGAAGGAGUUCAAUUACAAGGGCGUACAGCGCUGGACGAAAAACAAGGACCUGCUUGGCACGCCGUACAUUGUCGUGCCCAUCAAUAUCCACAUGCAUUGGAUCGUUGCCAUUAUCUGCAAUCUCGAUAAGCUUAGCCGGAAGCCAGCGUUGUUCGAUAAAGCCGUGUCUGACGACGAGUCCGAUGGCUCUAUCAGGUCCGAGGGCGAAGCUGCAUCAGGACCACAGAAGCCUGCCGCAGCAGGUAUGAAUGGCAACAACUCCAAUACUGCGGAUGUCCUAAUACGCCAAGAAGUAGCAACAAACCAAAUGCAUGACUUGUCACUGUCAGAUGACGGACGUCGGUCUUCGCACGACUCUGCUUCCUCUAGUGGCGACGACGGCAAAGCUCGCGCCAUGGAAGCGCUGGCCUCAAAUUUGAAGAUCAGUACUGCCACCCGCAAGAAGAAGGGCCGGAAGAAGCCUGCAGCUCCAGUACGCAAGUUCUCUCCAGACGCACCAACCAUCAUCUGUCUCGACUCUUUCGGCAAUGCUCGCGCCACGGAGAUGCGCAACCUCAAAGACUACAUUGUCUUCGAAGCGGAGGCCAAGCGAGCGAUGAAGGUAGAUCGUGAGGACAUCCAAGGUAUCAAUGCAAAGGGCAUUCCGGAGCAGACCAACUUCUGCGACUGCGGUGUCUAUCUUAUUGGGUACAUUGAAGCGUUCGCCAGAGAUCCGGAUGGCUUUGUGAAGAAAGUGAUCACGAGACAGAUGGACAAGCAGGCUGACUUCGCCAACUUUAAUCCGAGCGAGAAGAGAGCGCAGAUUCGGGAGCAGCUUCUGGCCUUGGAGAGAGAGCAGACUGCGGCGAGGGUGGCUGCGAAGAAAGCAAAGGCUGGCGUUGGCAAAGCUUCCCCGGCCGCUGCCUCGGAGACUACGACUGCUGAAAGGGCCGCUUCUCGCAUUGCUGCUUCGGCAGCUGCCUCUCCCCGCGACUCACCAGGGCCGCUGCAGACGAAACAACCUCCUUCUCAACGACCUGAACAAUCGAAACAGUCUCAGCCUCCACCGAGUGCAAGACAACCGCCAAGCGCCCAACAAGAAGUUUUCUCCACGAAAGCUCAAGCGUCCUCUCCGGCUUCUCACAGCCGCUCACGCGCCAACGAGCACCGCCCUCGGUCGGCGCAAGCUGCGAAGGAGCCAGCGAUGACAGCUCAGGAAGCGAAGCGGCAGCGGCCUGCUUUCGGCCCGGAUGACGGUGAUGCGGACAAGCUAGAGGCAAAGCCUGCCCGGCCACUUCCGCCUUCAGGUCCAGGCCGGAAUGACCAUCUCUUUCCAUCAACCCGCAUCAUAGUGCCUCACGACGACUGGAACGGGUCUCAGUCAGGCGAUGAAGACGACGACAAUGCCGGGAUGCUUGACCAUCCGAACAACAAUGCCCGAAACUCAAAUAACGCUCAAGCUGUAGAUGCAGAUCAAGAGUCUCCACUGCUCGACCAUUUGUCCAAGUCUUUGAUCGCAUCACAGGAAAGCGAUGCAAUAGUUCCGAUGUCACAACAGCCAACCUCCGAAGGACAUGUUCAGCAUGACGGUGUGACCACUGAAGCUGCUGGAGACAAUCAGACGCAAGACUCGCUUGUACUGCUUGACGUCAAAGAGAGGCCUGCGGAGGUUGCAGACUCACAGGAGGGGUGGCAAGCUAGCAACUUCCGGACACCAUUGGCUGGCAAGCGCACGAGCUUCACGGACUAG